AUGUCCCGCCUGCUGCAUGCGGAAGAGUGGGUUGAGGGGAAGGAGUUGGGGGACCACCAUCGCCAUGCCCAGCAGCAACAUCACCUCUCGCAACUGCCGCCACAGCCACCUGCUACCCUGCAGGCGAGAGAUCAGGCAGGAUACCCGGCCGAGCUGUCCCUCCUGGACAGCACCGACCCACGCGCCUGGCUGACUCCCGCUUUGCAGGGCAUCUGCGCGGCACGCGCCACCCAGUAUCUGCUGCAUUCCCCUGAGCUGGGUGCCUCGGAGGCGGCGGCGGCGGCGGACGAGGUGGACGGCCCUAGCGAGUUGGUAAGGAGGAGCGGUGGAGGCCUGGGCAAGAGCCCUGGGCCCGUAAAAGUGCGCGAACAGUUGUGCAAGCUGAAAGGAGGAAUGGUGGCGGACGAGCUGGGCUGCAGCCGCCAGCGAGCGCCUUCCAGCAAACAGGUGAACGGCGUGCAGAAGCAGAGGCGGCUGGCGGCCAACGCCAGGGAGCGGCGCAGGAUGCACGGGCUGAACCACGCCUUCGACCAGCUGCGCAACGUUAUCCCGUCCUUCAACAACGACAAGAAGCUGUCCAAGUAUGAGACCCUGCAGAUGGCCCAGAUCUACAUCAACGCCCUGUCCGAGCUUUUGCAGACGCCCAGCGGCGGGGAGCAGCCGCCGGCGCCCACGGCCUCGUGCAAAAGCGACCACCACCAACUUCGCGCCGCCGCCUCCUUCGAAGGGGCUGCGGGCCCCGGAACCGCGGCUGGGGCGCAGCAGGCUGCCGGGCCGGGCCCCCGUCCCAGCCCGCCUGGGGGCUGCCGGACUCGCUUCUCCGCCCCGGUCUCGGCGGGAGGUUACUCCGUGCCGCUGGACGCCUUGCACUUCUCAACUUUCGAGGACAGCGCCCUGACAGCCAUGGUGACUCAGAAGAACUUGUCUCCUUCGCUGGCCGGAGGCAUCCUGCAGCCGGUGCAGGAAGACAGCAGCAAAACGUCGCCCAGGUCCCACAGGAGUGACGGAGAGUUUUCCCCGCACUCCCAUUACAGUGACUCGGAUGAGGCCAGUUAG